AAAUUAUGUAUUUUUAAAAAAUUGACACUCAAAGGUGUUCUUGUUAAGUGAAAAACGAAAUAUUAAUUAACUACUGCUGUUUUAUUAGCAAUGCUGGAGCAUAAUUCGUUAGUUUCAGUAAUAUUUCUUGAUAUUCGUGGCUUUACUGGAGCAAGGAUAGAGGAGAAGAUCCUAGUAUGGGCUCCCUUUUAUUCUUCGUUGAUAGAGUAUUUUGUGUGUGUGUGUGUGUGUGUGUUUGUAUAAGGAAAUGCAAAAUAAAAACUACAUUUCGAAACAAAACACUAGCAGAGUAAGAUCUAGCUAAAAGAAAAAAAAUCUAUAAAAAUCGCAAACAAACCUAUUUCCAAAACAUUGCUCAUGUGCUCAAAUGCAGAAUAUCUUCCUUGUCAUUGUCUUCAUCAGCUGGAAGAACUUCUUCAUCGUCUUGAACUUGUUUUUUGUUUGUUUCCAAUGCCCCUUAUUUUCCUUUGUGGGCGGUAUUAGUAAAAUUUUGCAAGGAUCUUUUUAAUUCUACUUUGAAUGCUGAAGAAGUGACGAUUUGCGACUUGGUAGAUUUUCUUCUUAAAGUACCUUUGCAAUAUAGAUCUCGGAACUUAGUAGUUUCUAGUUAUUAACUGCUUCUAUCUAUUUUGGUUUCGUUCUGGGAAAAAUUGUAAUUAGAACAGUUUCAAAUAUACACACUCGCAAAGUUCAUAUAAUCCAAACACAAUCACAAAAUUACUAAUUCAGAAUAUUAGAAAAGAAAGUAAACAAAUUCGGGGAUGCAUUCGUUAACAACUAAUCAUCGACUAUACGACCACCAAGUUUUGUCCAACAUGCUGUAUUCGGUAUUUAUUUCCCUGUAUUUGACUUCUACCCUGAAUAUUUCUGAUUUGGCGUGCAGCACGGCAAGAAAAAUAAUUCGGGACCCAUCGUAAAAACUAAUAGUCGGACGGGACCCUACGCAUUCCCAUAUUGAUUAAACAAAGAGUGAGAAAUCUUGAUGCGACCUACUUUUUUCCGUGUCAACCGCGACUGUUCAAUAGAGACACGAAAAAUUCGUGAUUAUACUCGUGGCCUAAUGGGCCCGCCACAUUGUUUUUUUUUUUAUAAUUAGACUAUUUCGGAGCCCCCCGCCCUUUCACGAACCCCACCCCUAAGUAGACCGCAAAACUCGUUAGCUAAAAAGCUCCUUUCCGCUCAGCUACCGAAGUAUGUAUAUUAUCCACCCCCCUCAUUUGUAGAGGCACACCCUUACGUAAAAUUGUUGGCAGUAGAGGCGCCAGUUAGCGUACGAAGUUGUAAAAUGAGCAUAUAGAAGAUCACUUCUACUUGUAGAGUCGAUAGAGUCUAUGCAGGAUUGUCCUGAAGUCGAACGAGAGAACCGACCGCGUAUUUUACAGUCUGUUCAUUGGCAUGAGAGAGUAACGAAACGAUAUAAGGUAGCUGCAAGCUAGUAAAACUCAGUUUUUAGCUGGUUUUCUAAUAUUACAUAUUAUCUUAUAUUAAUGUGUUUUAAAUAAAAAACAAGCUAAAUAAUUUAUUAUUUUUUUGAUGAGGAGGAGGACUAGGUUGUUUCUUUUGCGAUCAUUGUUAUAUUACAGUUAUAUUUUACUCUAUCACUGACUCCAGAAUUGUUACAAAUAAACUACCUAAAACUUCGUCGACAGGACCUAUGUAUGUCUCUCUCUUUUUGAUAUGUCAAAUGAGUGUGUCAGUCAUAGUUUAUUAUUGCAAAAGUUGUCUUCUAUCGGCUUGUCAGAGUCCUUCAUAUCUCUUUUUGAAUCGUAUUUUACUGAUCGUACCUCGUACCUGGUAGUACCUCUUCUUUUUUACCCCAGCGUCACGGUGUCCCGCGAGGAUUGCUUUUGGGUCCGCUCCUUGUCCUCAUUUAUAUAAAUGAUGAUGACGAAUGAUCAACUAUACACUAUUUGCAGACGACACCACAAGUAUCUGCGGGAGCUCGUCUCUAAACGAAUUAAUCGGUAGAAAUAAACCGAAAUAAAACCCAAAAUCUUUUAGUUCACUAUUGACGAUGUAUCGAAUUGGUCUGUUCAUAUUGACUCCUGCGAAAGCUUAAGCAAUGUCUUCAUACUCAAGUUAUGGGGUCACCAUAUGAGGUGGAUCUAGUUACGAGUGUUUCGCCUUCACGAAAAAGCUCUCCGAAUUCUUCUUGGUUUCUACUAUAGAGAAUCCUGUAGAACACAUUUUUCCAGCAUUCAUAUUAUGACUUUUUGAAUUUUUACAAAUUGCUUUGUAAUAUAAAACGCCACGGUACCAAGUCUUUGAAGAGAGCUGUCAAGAAUCUACUGACAAUAAACUGUUUUUACGAACCUAUCUUGGGUAAUUGAGAAAGCUUCGUCAUUACUCUUUUCAGUAAAUGUCAAAACCGUUAAUCCAAGUUGUGUUUUUAAAUUUUAGAACACCACUGGGUAUUGGAACCGUUAUGUACUAAAUGUUAGCUGUCACUGGUAAUACCAGCUGCAAAUUCAAUUCAACUGAGAACCAGAAGAAACAAGCGAAAUUUAAGGAAAAACACUUUUUUUCUUUCUCUCAAAUAUAAAUAUAAACUUUUUUAUUUGAAAAAUUUCCAUACUGUAUGCUGCAAAUGGAAUAAAAUACAUGAGGAAGUUUUCCAGUUUUUUGCCAGUUUUUUCGAUAUUCGGUGCCACUAAAAAAAUUCGUAACGGCCCAUUUCGUACGUACAAUAACCUAAGUAAUGAUUUGGGUUAAGUUUCCGCUUUUUUAUUCCACCAUUAGGAUUUCCUCCGCAUUUCGUAUUUACCGGUAGCGUUUCCAAGGACUAUCUUGCAUUUUCUUCUAUCGUAAGAGCACACAAAAGUAUACUCGACGCAGCCAGGAACGCAGUAUAUUGAAAUUCACAGUAUAAGAGUUAGUUUAGUUAGGAAAAAGUAUUCAACUAAAACGCGCCCGACGUUAUUGCUUACAGUGUAUCAAAAAAUGUCGCAACAAAUUGUUAAUGGCCCUUCCGGCGACGAUAGACGUAUCAUCGACGAAGACGUUAUAACUAAACACUCGCCGAAACAACCGUCGAUCAAUUACGACGCCUCCGACAACCCCCCUCAGUCUCCCCGCGGGCCCCAGCAGCCCCCCGGCGCCGGUCAGGUCUUCAACCGACCCCCCUUGAACCGACUUGACAGCCGCUCCGGGCUCUUCAGGCCGCCGUUCCCCCACGUCCAACCCCCGAGACUUCCCCAACAACCUCCCAGGCAACAGUUCGUUCAAAGGGGUCCUCCCCCGGGACCUGGUGGACCUCAACGUCCCCCGGUGUUGGUUAGUACGUUCCCCAAUGUCCUCGACAAGCUGAUUAACUCCUGCAAUAAUCAGGCACCUAGUGGAGCCCCCGUAUACCCCCAAGCGAGACCGAAUUUCAGACCCCCGUUUCCGAGAUCGCCUCUGCCGAAUCAGAGGCCGCCCAUUUUCCAGCAGAGAUCUCUUCCGGCCGCGCUUGGCCCGAGGCCGUUCUUCGGCGAAGAGAGUUUGUAUAGAUCGCAAACUCUGGAUUCCUCCGAGAUAGAGCUUUCGAGGAAUGUGGAAAACGCGAGGGGUCCACCCGCCGAACCCAGACCGCCCUCCAUAGCUUCGAAUAGAAGCUACAGCGUCCCGUCCCCGAAUCCUUUGCCCACCUUUCGAAGAUCCGGGAGUAGCGAUUCUUUGGAGGCUUCUAGACGUGGGUCCGCGGAGAGUGUCGGCAAAAAGGGAGACGAGGAGUCGUCGCGACCGAGUUCUAGAAUGGACAGGAUUGUCGAGAACGGAGAUAAAACAGCCGACCAACCGGACAACCACGCUCAGAGUUAUCCGAUAAUAAAUAAAGAAGUUGAAAGAGAUUCUUCACCCGCUAAUCCGAUAAUAACCAAGGAAGCAAAUUCGCCAGUUGUGAUAAAAGGGGAACAGCAGGAGAAGGACGACGAGAUGGAAAAGUUACGCGAUGUAGCCAAGGCCAACGAAGAGGAGAGGAAGAUCGCGGAAGAUAACGCUCGCAAGGAAAACGCCAAGAAGGAUAUGAAUUUGCAGCUGGUUUCGAAAAUUAAAAAAGAAGGGGACGACAGCGGCGUCGACGAGUCCACGCAGGGAAACGAUCAGUCGAGCAAUGGAGACGCCAGGUCGCCUAGGAAAUCGUCCAAAAGCAGGACAUCGUCCACAACCCCAACCAAAAGCAGCAGGUCCUUGUCCCGGAGUUCCAAAGCACCGAGUCUACAGUCACCAGAUUCGACAGUCACUACUCCCGGAUCGGCUGAUAAGAAAAAAGUGCCCAUGAACAAAAUUCAAGUUGGAUCGGCCCCCUCUCCGAACUUGAAGGUGGUCAGAUCCAAAAUAGGCUCCCUGGACAACGCUAGUUACAAGCCGGGAGGCGGGAAAGUAAAAAUCGAAAACAAGAAACUCGAUUUUAAACACGCCGGGCCGAGGAUCGAAGCCAAGAACGAGAAAUACGUUCCCAAAGCGGGCGAGAAGAAGAUCUUGCACCAAAAGCUUCAAUGGAACGCCAAAUCCAAAAUCGGCUCGUUGGACAACGCCGCGUACAAACCGAAAGGCGGCGACAGGAAAAUCGAGACCGUGAGGUUGGAUUUCAAGGAAAAAGCCAAGCCCAAGGUCGGCUCCAAGGACAACAUCAAGCAUAUCGCUGGCGGCGGGGACGUCAAGAAACGGGACAGCGUUACGGAAGGGCAGGUCCCUGUAGCCGAAGGCGGUAUAGAAAACAAGAAACUGGAUAUCCACGCCACCAGCAAGGUGGGAUCGCUGGACAACGUGAAGCACAAGCCCGGCGGAGGCGAGAAGAAGAUCUUCGACGACAAGGAGUACCUGAAGCACAAGUCGGAAAGGUCGAGUAUGGAACAUUCCUUGUCCGGUUCGCAGGAACCCGUAUAUCUCUAUACGUUUUACUCAACCGCGGCUUGCCUCGUCAGUUCGCUCUCUUUUUUGUUUAACAAGGACAUCAAACUACUCAACUGUCGAGUUGGCAACACUGCAUUACACCCGUAGUGUAAACUUUUUGUCAUAAAAAAUUUGAUAUUUGUCACGUUUUAGGUUUUUCCUGUGGGUUAGUGAUAAUUUUAACCCGGAUCAAUAUUGGGAAGCUCGCCGAGUACCGGAAAAAUACUAUACGUAGAUAUAUCUAACGUUGCAUGUCAUGGUAUCCUAAUACGUAUUGAUUUGGCCGUAAUGGACUGUUACGAAAAUGGGACAUGGCAAUGGGAAUUUUUAAAUAGAUAUAAUUUCGUGAGACCGCCUGCACCCUUAUAAUCCAAAUUCAACCGUUUUUGCUGUCUAAAUGCGAGAAAUCCAAAAACUUUUUGAUACAUGCGCCUGUUUCUUUAUUUUCUACUUUCAAAAAUUUAAUUUUCUUCCCAGACCCCAGGAUAAUACUAACGAGUUUAUGCAACUGGCGAGUUGGUCGAUUUUAUUACUCUAUGAACCUUUUGGGGCGACUAUACCUCCUCAGUUUCACACGCUGUCAUAAUACUUAUUGCCUUUCUUUUUU